AUGGUUCAGCUUUCCGACGAGUGGCUUUUGUGCGGGAUUAGCGAGCUGACGAUCCAGGACAUCGACAUAGCGAGAGUGUUGGUCGACACCAGAUGCUCGGCCAAUAUUAUCUACAAAAGCACCCUUGAAAGAAUGGAGAUCGAUCUGUGCGCCGUUACAGAAGGACCCAUCCCGAUAUUCGGACUCUCGGGAUAUGCUACUAUGACUCUCGGCUCGAUCGACCUUGUUGUUAAAGCCGGGAGCGUCAUCAAAGUCACAGAAUUCUUAGUCAUCGACCGCCCAACAUCGUACAACGCGAUCGUCGGUACUCCAUGGCUGAAUUCCAUGCGAGCGAUCGCUUCGACAUUCCAUCUGUGCCUUAAGUUUCCAACCCCUCGUGGAGUCGAAACUAUACAAGGAGACCGCAGGAUGUCGCAACUGGCUCUCGAUGAGAACGCCCCGGAACGAGACUCCAAAGUCUUCUGGCAAUCUCAAAGGGCCGAAGCCCUAGAAGGGAAGCGCGAACUGACUUGCGAACCGGUAAUUUCGAUCUGCCUCGACGAAUCCUCUCCGGAACGAUGCAUCGAGAUUGGAGCCAACCUCCGCGAGCCACUAAAGACAGAGCUCAUCACUUGUCUCAAAAAGAACCUCAAUGCGUUUGCUUGGGCCGCGGAAGAUAUGCCAGGGAUCGAUAUCGGCAUAACGUGUCAUGAGCUUAACAUCGAUCCGACCUACAUACCCGUCAAACAAAAAAGGCGGAAGCUAGGACCGGAGUGUGCCACCGCGGUAAAUGAGGAAGUCGAAAGACUCCUGAAGCCGGAUCAAUAA